AUGACAACUUGUGUUUCUCUGCCAGGCAGAAAACUCAGUAUCAACGCCAAUGGCAGCUUUGGGCCUGAGUUCCUAGGCAAACACGGCGAAUUCAAUUACCUAGUGACGCUUCUGCCUCAGGAGAUUCUUCACCUCCAGCUGAACUUAUCCUGUUACAUAUGUGCUGUUCCUUUGCACGGUAAAGAGGUUUGUCGCCAGCUGUUGAAGUGUUCCAGCCAUUCCAUGGCAGAGAAGCUAGAGGUGGAAAGGCCUAGAUGCUUGUUUGAAUUAAUUGAUGAGGAAAGAGUCGAUCCACAGAAAGUAAAUCACCAGAGGAACAUGGUUCGCUUAUAUUUGGAUUAUCGUCGGUUCUGGAGCUCCAGCUGGGAUAACGGUUCUGCAAGUGAACGAACAUGCUCUAGAGAGUCUUGUGGGAGUGUUAGUUCUAAGAAAUCACCUCCAAGGAAAAAACCUUUGAAGUUGGCGUAUGUUGAUAGGAUUCUGAAGAAGCUGGCCACAAAGAUUCCUGACUUUGUUGCAUGCCUUCAUCACCGUCUACGUUGCUUUCUGGAUGAGGCUGGUCGUCUCCAGGAAGUAAGACAAAGGCUAGUACAUGUGUAUAACGAAAAGAAAAUCCCAUGA